AUGUUGAAUUACAUGAACGUUGCCAGAUUGAUAUGGACUGGAAUAGAAAUAGGCUUGUUUUGUGGUAUUCCAUUUGGAUGGUCUUCUUGGAUCUAUGUUUUUAAAGACGAUGGGAUAUUCGCCGACAUCUGCUUAACGAAGUACAUGAAAACAAGAGGCAAUGCUACAUAUGAUGAAGGCCCGUUAACAGACACACGCACUGAUGUAACAUCGUUUGAUAAUAAUGUGUCAAUUGGAGUCAAUGCAAGCGAUGUUGAAAAUAACGCAGUCAUUGAUUGCAGAGAAAGGAACGACAUGUUCAGUUUGGUAUUUACUACAACAACUGUGCUCACGGGCAUUCUAUCCAUUAUUAAUGGCUACAUUUACGAUAGGUUUGGUACGAUGGUAUGUCGUAUCUUGUCUUUGUCGAUGUACGCCUGCGCUUUACUAGCAAUUGCCUUCUCAAACCAAGAUGCUUGGACAAAUUAUUUACUAUUCCCAGCUUUCUUCUUUCUACAAUACGGUGGACUCUUUUUAUUUGUAACGAGUUUACAGACUUCCGCGUUGUUUCCAAGAAGCAGAUCAACCAUACUAGCUGCAUACAAUGGUCUGUAUGAUGCAAGCGCUUCUGUCGCCAUAGUAUUUAAGCUUCAGUACGAGAAUGGGGUUCCCUUGUCUUCUUCCUUGUAUGUGUUCCUGUCUGUCUUAUUGCCAAUCACACUCCUGGGGACAUUCAUAUUUCAACCUUGGAAGCAUAUACAUUCGGACAACAAUGGAAGAUAUCCAAUGGCAUUUAUCAUCUUACAACGAUUGAAAGGGGUCAGAUAUAUAGCCACAAAUGUUGCGCAUGAUGAGGAGGUCCGAAAAAACUAUUCGACAGCUGAACCAAAGGAUUGUGCUCCUAGUGAGAGUAAGGUUGAACUCCAAGGAUACACGAAUAAAGCAUUUGAAGCACCAAAUGAACCAAAUCUGAGUGGUCGUGAUAUCCGUCCAACUGAAUCAACAACCGAUGAUAUAAAAACGAUAAGUGAGUGUCGACCAAAAGACUCGGCGGCUGAAGAUCCGAGAAUCAAUAGUAAAGAAACGAUCACGGAUUGUAAUGGCUUGCCAAACAAAGCCACAUCCAAAAUUAAUACAACUUAUAUUGAAACAGAUGGGCUGACUAAAACACUAUUUUCGCCAUUAUUUCUGUGGAACACAUGGACGUUUUCUGUAUUGAAUUUAAGGAGUAAAUAUUUCUUCGUCUCUUUCAACUCAUGGAUUACCGACCUGAGCGCAGGUGAUGAAAUACUAGUUACCUUGCACACGUCCGUGUUCACUGGGAUGUUGGCUUGCGGCUUCCUUGUCAGCCCCCUGGCGGGUAUAUUCAUCGAUACAUGGAGGAAAAGAGAAGAUGGCGACAGUCCACACACAAAAUACCUGCGACCCUACAUUUAUAUAUUCACAACGGAGGCUGCCAUGAACUUUGUCCUCAGCAUAAGUACGAUGAUACCAAGUCUGCACGCGCAGUACUUUACAUAUAUUGCGUUUGUGGCAUCACGGGGAUUCCUUUAUGCCGUCAAUGCUGCGUUCAUCUCAGAAGCAUUUCCACAGAAGCAUUUCGGCAAGUUGUUGAGUGCAACAUUUGCUUCAGGCACCGCUGCUAGCGCAUUGCAACAACCUAUAUUUAUUGGUGCCGAAUCGUUUGACAAUGGCUUCCUAAUUAUGAAUGUAGUGAUCUUGGUGUUGAAUUUGACGUUGUUUGGAUUUCCAAUCUACAUAACAAUGCUGUUGAGGACUCAAAAGGAUCCACCUAAUAAUGUGUCUAGCAAUAGUUAGAAAGAAAACCACCGCGCGACUACUGGAAAACAUAUGAAGAACAAAAAAGAGGCAAACCCCUAUAUAAAAUAUAAACAU